GAGGAGGUGGUGGUGGCGGCGGGGGCCGGUACUGGACCCGGCGGGAUGAGCGAGGCGGAGGCGGCAGUGGUGGCGACAGCGGCCCCCGCGGCGACGGUGCCCGCGACGGCGGCAGGGGUGGUAGCGGUGGUGGUCCCGGUGCCCGCAGGGGAGCCACAGAAAGCAGGCGGCGGGGCGGGCAGCGGCGGGGUCGGAACGGCCUCGGGCCCAGCUGUUGGGACCCCCUCGGCGCCAGGCCCCCGCACCCCUGGCAACCCGGCGACGGCGGCCUCGGGAACCCCCGCGCCCCCGGCCCGGAGUCAGGCGGACAAGCCGGUGCUGGCAAUCCAAGUCCUGGGCACUGUCAAAUGGUUCAACGUGCGGAAUGGUUACGGAUUCAUCAACAGGAAUGACACCAAGGAGGAUGUUUUUGUUCACCAGACAGCUAUUAAGAGAAACAACCCCAGGAAGUUUCUGCGCAGCGUUGGGGAUGGGGAGACCGUGGAGUUCGAUGUCGUGGAAGGAGAGAAGGGCGCAGAAGCUGCUAACGUAACUGGGCCUGGGGGGGUGCCAGUGAAGGGCAGCCGCUAUGCCCCCAACCGACGCAGGUUCCGCCGAUUCAUCCCCCGGCCCCGCCCAGCUGCCCCGCCACCCAUGGUGGCAGAGGCUCCAUCGGGUGGAACAGAGCCAGGCAGCGAAGGGGAGCGUGCUGAAGACUCCGGGCAGCGGCCCAGACGACGGCGCCCACCACCCUUCUUCUACCGACGGCGCUUCGUGCGAGGCCCUCGGCCCCCCAACCAGCAGCAGCCUAUAGAGGGCACAGACGGGGUAGAACCCAAAGAGACAGCCCCGUUGGAGGGAGACCAGCAGCAGGGGGAUGAGCGGAUACCCCCACCCAGAUUCCGGCCCAGGUACCGAAGGCCUUUCCGCCCCAGGCCACCCCAGCAACCCACCACAGAAGGUGGGGAUGGCGAGACCAAGCCCAGCCAAGGCCCCACUGAUGGCUCCCGACCUGAGCCCCAGCGCCCACGAAACCGCCCCUACUUCCAGCGGAGACGGCAGCAGCCCCCGGGACCCAGGCAGUCCACAGCCCCAGAGACCUCAGCCCCCAUCAACAGUGGGGACCCCCCAACCACCAUACUGGAGUGAUUCCAACUCAAGGGACACCCAGAGCCACCGUCGGGUAUCUGCCAGUUUUUCCAACUGACCUGUAUUCUACCCAACACCUCCCUCCCCUCUUUCCCAUAAUUUGUGACAUCAAAACACCGGCUUUUCCCCCCAUUCCUUGAGACUCAGGAGGGCCAAAGCAACAGCCUUUUGCUUUUUUUUUUUUUUUCCUUUCUCCCUUACCAAGGGUUGAAGGAAGGGAUCCAUCCUUAUUGUUCAGAGGCAUCAACUCCCUCCCCUAAAUCAGGCUGAGAAGGAACCAGCCAGCUCUUCCCUCCUCCUGGUUGUUUUUCUUUCCCAUCCCAGUUUAUUUUUUGUUUCCCUGCUCCCCCUACCUCUGAAGCCAUUUUAUGAACUGUCGUGUGCCACCUGAGCCUCCAGUAAAAACAAAAACGGGC